AUGAGUGUUUCAGCUGAAUAUGCUUUACGCGAACUAUUAUUACGAAGUGGUAUUCGAGAUACAUUGGAAGGUAUGAGUGAUGAUGAUGUACGAAAUACAGUGAUCACUGAAAUUAACAAUCGCACUGGUCAUCUCCAUGAUCAAGCAACAAAAUUAAUUGCUUUGAUUCGUCAAUCUAAGAUAGUUGUUCGUGAUGAAAAUCGCAUACAUCGUUUUUAUCCAGAUGAACUAUGCUCAUGUCAAGAUCAUUUUUAA